GCCGUAGGAGACAAGAAAGGGGAGGGUGUUGCUUAUGGCAAUCUUGGCAAUGCUUAUGACAGUCUGGGUGAUUUCAAAAAAGCCAUAGAGUACCACAACCUACAUCUUAAAAUAGCUAAAGAAGUAGGAGACAAGCAUGGGGAGGGUAACGCUUAUGGCAAUCUUGGCAAUGCUUAUUUUAGUCUGAGUGAUUUCAAAAAAGCCAUAGAGUACCACAACCUACAUCUUAAAAUAGCUAAAGAAGUAGGAGACAAGCAUGGGGAGGGUGGUACUUAUGGCAAUCUUGGCAAUGCUUAUGACAGUCUGGGUGAUUUCAAAAAAGCCAUAGAGUACCACAACCUAGAUCUUAAAAUAGCUAAAGAAGUAGGAGACAAGCAUGGAGAGGGUGUUGCUUAUGGCAAUCUUGGCAAUGCUUAUCACCGUCUGGGUGAUUUCAAAAAAGCCAUAGAGUACCACAACUUACAUCUUAAAAUAGCUAGAGAAGUAGGACACAAGCAUGGGGAGGGUGGUGCUUAUGGCAAUCUUGGAAAUGCUUAUGGCCGUCUGGGUGAUUUCAAAAAAGCCAUAGAGUACCACGACCUACAUCUUAAAAUAGCUAAAGAAGUAGGAGACAAGCAUGGGGAGGGUAACGCUUAUGGCAAUCUUGGCAAUGCUUAUUUUAGUCUGGGUGAUUUCAAAAAAGCCAUAGAGUACCACAACCUACAUCUUAAAAUAGCUAAAGAAGUAGGAGACAAGCAUGGGGAGGGUAACGCUUAUGGCAAUCUUGGCAAUGCUUAUCACCGUCUGGGUGAUUUCAAAAAAGCCAUAGAGUACCACAACCUACAUCUUAAAAUAGCUAAAGAAGUAGGAGACAAGCAUGGGGAGGGUGGUGCUUAUGGCAAUCUCGGCAAUGCUUAUUUUAGUUUGGGUGAUUUCAAAAAAGCCAUAGAGUACCACAACCUAGAUCUUAAAAUAGCUAAAGAAGUAGGAGACAAGCAUGGGGAGGGUAACGCUUAUGGCAAUCUUGGCAAUGCUUAUAUUAGUCUGGGUGAUUUCAAAAAAGCCAUAGAGUACCACAACCUACAUCUUAAAAUAGCUAAAGAAGUAGGAGACAAGCAUGGGGAGGGUGUUGCUUAUGGCAAUCUUGGCAAUGCUUAUCACCGUCUGGGUGAUUUCAAAAAAGCCAUAGAGUACCACAACCUACAUCUUAAAAUAGCUAAAGAAGUAGGAGACAAGCAUGGGGAGGGUAACGCUUAUGGCAAUCUUGGCAAUGAUUAUCACCGUCUGGGUGAUUUCAAAAAAGCCAUAGAGUACCACAACCUACAUCUUAAAAUAACUAAAGCCGUAGGAGACAAGCAAGGGGAGGGUGUUGCUUAUGGCAAUCUUGGCAAUGCUUAUGACAGUCUGGGUGAUUUCAAAAAAGCCAUAGAGUACCACAACCUACAUCUUAAAAUAGCUAAAGAAGUAGGAGACAAGCAUGGGGAGGGUAACGCCUAUGGCAAUCUUGGCAAUGCUUAUUUUAGUCUGAGUGAUUUCAAAAAAGCCAUAGAGUACCACAACCUAGAUCUUAAAAUAGCUAAAGAAGUAGGAGACAAGCAUGGGGAGGGUGGUACUUAUGGCAAUCUUGGCAAUGCUUAUGACAGUCUGGGUGAUUUCAAAAAAGCCAUAGAGUACCACGACCUACAUCUUAAAAUAGCUAAAGAAGUAGGAGACAAGCAUGAGGAGGGUGUUGCUUAUGGCAAUCUUGGCAAUGCUUAUCACCGUCUGGGUGAUUUCAAAAAAGCCAUAGAGUACCACAACCUACAUCUUAAAAUAGCUAAAGAAGUAGGAGACAAGCAUGGGGAGGGUAACGCUUAUGGCAAUCUUGGCAAUGCUUAUCACCGUCGGGGUGAUUUCAAAAAAGCCAUCGAGUACCACGACCUACAUCUUAAAAUAGCUAAAGAAGUAGGAGACAAGCAUGGGAGGGUAACGCUUAUGGCAAUCUUGGCAAUGAUUAUCACCUUCUGGGUGAUUUCAAAAAAGCCAUAGAGUACCACAACCUACAUCUUAAAAUAGCUAAAGAAGUAGGAGACAAGCAUGGGGAGGGUAACGCUUAUGGCAAUCUUGGCAAUGCUUAUGACAGUCUGGGUGAUUUUAAAAAAGCCAUAGAGUACCACAACCUAAAUCUUAAAAUAGGUAAAGAAGUAGGAGACAAAUCCUUGGAGGCAAUGGCCUACUGUUCAUUAGGAUGCGUUUUCGAGUUGCAAGGUGGAUUGCCAAAAGCCGUUGAACAUUACCAAGCGAGCAUAAACUUAUUCAAUUCCUUGAGAGUACUUCUAAAAUCUAAAGAUGAGUGGAAAGUUAAUUUUCGAAAUCAGUAUCAAGUGGCGUAUACGGGUUUGUGGAGAGUUCUCGUAGAACAAGGUAAUGUAGAUGAAGCCUUAUUAGUUGCUGAGAAAGGACGAGCUCAAGCUCUAACCGACCUCAUGGAAUCCAGUUUUCGUGGUGGAACAAGUCACCACAAGGGAGAAGAUGAAGAUUGCGCAGUUUUAAAAAACGUUCCAUCAAACACUGUCUUUCAGGCAGUGGACGAAGCUAACGUCAAUCUUUGGGUUGUGUCCGAAGGAAAACAAGUUCAGUUAAGACAAAGAAAGCUGAAAGGUUUUGUUUCAGAGAAUAGUGGAUCUAGCCAGUCCUUUGAGUCGUUCAUGCUCGGUGUCUAUACACAACUUGGUGUUCGUUCUAAUGUGAGAUGCGAGAAUCGAUCUUUAGAUGCUUUGAGGGAGGGCCGUUCAAAAGUGGAUGAGAAAACCAAAGAAGCCAACCCUCAACCUCACAUCCAACAAGACGGAUGCUUGAGCACUUUAUAUGAUAUCGUUAUGAAGCCAGUGGCUGACUUGAUUGAAGGGGAUGAGCUACUCAUUAUUCCUGAUGGACCCCUGUGGAUCGCUCCUUACGCUGCAUUAAAGGAUGGUAAUUCUAAAUACCUGUGUGAAUCGUUCACAAUCCGAGUCGCUCCAUCGUUAGCAAGUCUUAGACUCAUUGCCGAUUGCCCAGAUGAUUAUCACAAAAGCAGUGAUGCGUUACUUGUAGGAGAUCCGUGGGUAUCCGAGGUUACUAACAGCGAGGGAGAGAAAGUCCUCGGGCAGCUUCCGUAUGCUAAAGAAGAAGUAGAAAUGAUUGGAAAAAUUCUGAAUAUCACGCCAAUCACUGGCAGAAAAGCCACGAAACGUGAGGUGUUGAAAAGACUCAGUUCCGUUUCCUUAGUUCACUUUGCGGCGCACGGAUGUGCGGAAACUGGCGAAAUUGCUCUUACACCUGACCUAGACCGAAUAUCUACUGUGCCUACGGAGAAGGAGGAUUACAUUUUAACGAUUCGAGAUGUGUUGAAUGUUCAACUUCGCGCCAAACUUGUUGUGCUCAGUUGCUGCCACAGUGGUCGGGGCGAGAUCAAGGCUGAAGGUGUGGUUGGCAUUGCGCGCGCUUUUAUGGGGGCUGGUGCUCGGUCUGUUGUGGUGUCCCUGUGGAAGAUUGAUGACGAGGCUACUCUCCAGUUCAUGAAAUGCUUUUAUCAACACCUUGCAGAAGGUAAACCUACAAGCAAGUCACUGAACCUGGCCAUGAAAAGCCUCAGAGAAUCAGAUGAGUUCCACGACAUCAAAUACUGGGCGCCCUUUAUGCUGAUUGGAGAUGACCUCACGUUUGAUCUGAUGGCAAAGGAAAGAGAAAAUUUGAAUAGAAAAUCAAAUAAAUGAGAAAAUUUUUUUUUUCAUCUCAAAAGAAUGAAGUAGGAACUUGGAAGGUUUAAAUGUUUGUCUAUUUAAACAAUUUUUGGCUAUUUUUCUUUACUUUUUAAUUUUUUGUUAAAUGGAACUUGAGAUGUGCAACUUUACUAUGGUGAAGAAAUAAACCAGUCUAUUUCAUUAUAUUUUGAUCAGCAGAAUUGUCUUUUUUGGUUACCUUAACAAAUUUAAAUGCUUUGCGAAGAGAAUGAAAUGCAACAAGGCCUCUGUUAUGAACGAGGUUUCCAUUUCCACCAACAUGUCACUCAGCUCUGUUCCUGUAUUACAAUCAGUUGUAUGGAAAAUAAUUUAACGGUUAUUUCUUUUACCCAACCAGGAGCUUUUUCACCGAAUUACCUUUAUGCUCUAAGCUUUUGAUAAGCAAAGAAACAAUUCGUUAUUUGCAAAAGUUGGCGAAUUUUUAUUUCCAAAACUUUAAUUGAAUAUGUAUGUGAAUUGAAUAUGUGAAUUGAUCUUAGGCCGUUUUCUGCAUCAUAAAUUACUUUGUUACAAUUUACCUUCAUCUUUACAAAAAAAUUGAUUACCAUUUUGAACUCAAUCCAUUUGAAUGCAAUCUAAUUCUGUCAGUGCCAAGAUUGCCAUUCUAGGCUUAAUUUGAAGAAUUAAACAUCAGAGAUGAUGUUAUUAAAUUUACUAACCAUAUGUUAGAGACAUUACACCUACUUUUAGGGGUGUAGCCAGCCUCUAGUCCCGUUGGCCCGGCCUACAAUUGUUUUCUGCCCCCUUGACUUUUACUAAAAGAUAAUAUGACCCUUGCAAAUGUGGAAACAAAAAUUGAAAUUUGUGAGGGAAGAGGCUUACAUUUAGUCAGAAAGCUGGCUACAACCCUGUUUUCAAUCAAACGAGUCUGGCCGUUCGUUUUAAAGAACGACGACAGAGAGGCUAAAAAUUGUCCAUGUAAUCUAAACUAGGAAAGAGGGACGCAGAGUUCACUAUAAUUAAGGUUUCCACAGGUGUGACUUUUAUUGUAUGUGACAUGGAAUUUGUUGUUUCUAGUACGACAAUAUUUACGCUCAUAAAUGAGAGAAGUAGUUAACGUAAGCCAUGUAGUCCUCAAUGGGAAUUAUUUUGGUGAAAAGCUCAUGAAUUAAUGUAAAAGUUGAAAAGGUUCAGGGCUUCAGAAUAAAACUUCUAAUUGUUGAAAAUCACCUCUUGAAAUUUUUUCAUCGCUUUAAAUUUACCUCAGCAUGAUUUGAGGAUGUCUGAUGAUAUGCAUGGUUGAAUAUAAUGUAACUAGGAUUUUAAAGACAUGCUGGGACAGUUUCAACUAAACAUGGUUUGUAUAAUGUCAGUGUAUUUCGUGUGAAGUGUUUUGAUGCUAUUUUAAGUUGAAGAUAAUUGUUAAUUUACCUUAGAUUAUAUUAAUUAACUCAUGAACUCCCAAGUUCUGAAGAAAAAUUCUCCCAACUGAUAAGAAUGUGUUUCUCUUAGCUGCCGCUUGUUCCGAGAAUUCGAUGUAACAUUAUGUUUCUAGGAAAAGAUUAUCCUCCAGUAUGGAUUAUCUCGAAUUGUUAUUGACUCCAUGUUUGUCGGUGUAUUAAUACCGUGAGGAGAAUUUAAAUUAUGAUCAGUCUUGGGAGUAAAUGGGUUCAUUUUAGCGUCUCCGUUUAGCGCGUAUUUUACUUAAUGCCUUGAACGUUUUAAUGCAGUAUCAUUGUGCUUUUUUUACUUCUUUGUGUAAUAUUCGAGUAUAUCAACUCUAGGCACCCUAACAUCAAGUUCACUAUGGAAAAGCAGUUUAAUCACAAAUUACUCUUUUUAGAUGUCCUGAUUGACAACCAUGACCCCAGUUCCUCUCUAACUAGGAUUUACCGCAAGAAAAAUUUCACUGGGUUACUAACUAAUUAUUUCAGCUUCACCUCGUACUCUUACAAAGUGGAUCUCAUUAAGACACUCGUUGAUAGGGCUUACAAGAUUAAUAGCACCUGGUUAGGGUUUCACGAAGACAUUAACAAACUCACUGAUAUUCUAAAAAAGAAUCUUUUCCCUGCUCAUUUAAUUAAUCGAGAAGAUUAUAAACUGUUUCAUUACUGGGACUCAAAACAAUCAUCAUCUCCGGGGUUCCCCUCCUACCAUUUCACCUACGUUCUACUUUAAGCUACCCUACAUAGGCCACUUUUCUGCUAUCACUCAAAAAAAGAUCCGUCAUUUAUGAAGCGCUAUCGCAAUGACUUGGAUAUCAAACUGGUUUUCUCUUCCUUCAAAAUCGGUAACUUGUUUGGUGUGAAAGACCCUGUCCCUGACGGGCUCCGUUCACGAGUGCUCUAUAAGUAUGUGCUGGUGUAAUGCCUGUUACGUCAGUGAAACCUGCCGGAAUUUUUCCACACGUGUUAGCAAGCACUUAGUAAGUGACAAGGCCUCUCACAUUUUCAGGCAUUUGAAAGAUUCUCCGCACUGUCGCGCUCUAUGUUCAGCAGAUAACUUCCAUGUUUUAGAUCACGCCUCCACCGGUUUUCAGCUUAAAAUGAAAGAGGCUAUUCGUAUUCAAAGAGAACAACCAUCUUUGAAUCAACAAUUGCACCAUGUAAAUCUAAAACUAUCUUUUUUAAUUCUCACACUUGCAUGCUUUACCUCUCUUCUUGUUGUCACUAUUCAUCUUAAUUAGCAUUGUUCUACUUACUCUAUAAUUCAACUUUCACCGCUUUGUACAGAAAUUAACUGAAGAUGACAGAAGUUUCUGUCGAAACAUGUUUUACAAACUCAAAAGUUUUUCGUUUUCUUUAAAUUCUUGACUUGCCUGCUAAUGCAAGACCCUUUAAAACACUUACCGUUUAAACACUUUCUUUCCUAUGACGCUCCUAAUGCGCUCAAUGAGCUGCCAAAAUUCUCUUAGAAUGCAUUUUUGUUCGUGUGACAGCGGAAUGUCUCUGAUUCUUGAAGUCGAUGUUGCCGCAGUAACUGAGACUUCUAUUUCGAUUCUGUUAUUUCGCGAGGCAAAACAACCCAUGGCAUUUACAGUUUAAGAAAGCUGUCAUGCGCUGUGAUGAUGGGUGGUGUAUAAAAACUCUGACGUUAUCUGUGCAAAACGUUUGUCUUUAUAUCGACCAACAUCUUGACUUGUUGUUCACACUAACUGAAAAGGGAAAAAUUCCGAAUUUCUGCUUGAAAAAACCGCCGUUUGGUCGACGGACGAGGUUGCGUUCACAAUCUAUCUAUGGGGACGCAGAGAGUUUGAAUUCACAUUUCCUCGUCUGGUCAGAAAUGCACAUGGCAUAGUAUUCGUGUUUUCGUGUUUCAAGCGAAAUUGUUAGUUAAUUCUUUUGUUUCCAAUUAACAUAUAAACGGGUUUAAACCCUGAUGAUCCAAUUCUAUUUUAUUUUUAAUACUGAGACUGCGUGCUCUCUUUGUUACGUACUUGUUCAAACGCAUCUAAUUCAGUAUUUAAAAUAAUAAGAGGUGAGGUUGAUUCAAAGGAUUGCUCCUAAUCUAACCCGAACUGAUUAACAAGGAUCUUUACAUUCAAUAUUUCAUUUAAUUAUAUCAUAAAUCAGUGAAAAAUAUCUAUAUUUUCGCCGUAAACAGAAAUGAAAAGAAGUAUAUCGACAGUUUCGCUGUUUGCAGUGACUCAGACAACGACUAAACUGACAAGUUGUUCAAUCAAUUGAUUUAUGCAUACAGUAUUUCAUUUUCGUCAAACGCUUAAACGUUAAUUCAUAUGAUCAAAUUCCGUUCAAACAAGGUACAGAAAUCAACAAGGAAAUGCUUUGCAUGGAACAUUAACUCGAAAGACUGGAAAAGAAAAGGAAUCUAGCUUCAAAAAGGGUCUAAAUAUCUUGAAGUUUUCCUCCUAAGAAAUGACAAUUGGAAAAUACAGCUAACUAAUGAUUAACACGGGUUCUCUUAGCUGCGGAGUAUCACUGUGUUAUUUCCUUCCCAAGAAGCUGAGGCGUAAUAAGGUUUGUCAAGAGAUAAUUCGCAGGAGAGCGAAUAGGAGGUAUGCUGAAAAAUUAUGUCAGUAUCAGGGUAAACUGUAUUGAUCAUACACGAUUGUCUGGUGAUCAAAGAAACCAAUCACAAGUGCUACAUACGUAAAAGCUGGUUUAGCUUACGGCGAAGGCACUUAAAGAACGUGUUACUGUAUUUACCAUAACAGUUGUAAUCUUUUAAGUUCUCAAGAAUAAGAACUAGGGUAAAAAAAACUACCGUAUAUUCGGUUAAAAGUGAUGGAGUCUUUCGACCGCUUAGGGGUGCAGCUGAUAUCAAUGGGAAACUCUUUGUAAUAUUUUUCUUAUAUUUGUUUCAUUAUAAGGUCAACUUAAUUUUAUCUUAUCCUAGUCAGGUGGUGUUGACAUUGCCAUGACGACUUGUAUCGAGAUACGCCGGCCACUGUUACAGGAAUCAGCCGAUUGCUACUGGCACUUUUUUCCAGGACAAAGACAAAGAAAUCCGUAUCAUGUAAAACUCUCAGCACUGGCUUUCAGUUUGUUGUUGCUAUGGCAGCUAGUUGGAGCAUUUUUGUACAUGGUUCGUGAUGUUGCUUGCUUCCGGGACAAAUCCACUGCAUAUCAGUGCAAAACAGAUGCGGCUUUCCCUUUUCAGAGGAUGUCACGAUGGUGUGGCUGGCUUCGCUAUGUAUUUUCACCGCUAUCUCUAUAGCUGCCCUUCAGAAUGUUCCGCAGUUCCCCGGUUACAAGGCAAUCUUACAUCUGCUCAAAUACGUUCCUUCAUUUUGGACUUUAAUAAUCCUUUUGACCGUCGCCUUGUUUCGAUAUAUUAAGCUACUAAUUUCUAUCAAAUCUUUGUCAUCUUGGGUCGUAAUUGUUUGCUUGAUGGUAAGUUACAUUCUGAGAACUUUGGUCGUGGGAUUUUUAAAUUACACCAGGUUAAACUCCCUAAAGCAGAAAUAUCCCAUUUACAUUUUUGUUAUAUCUAAACUGACAGUGUUCUUGUUUUUCAUUGUUACCUUUAUCAAUCUCAUGGCUACCCUUUUAGCCCUGAGUGUGGAAAUCCGCGAGAUGCAUAAAACAGAUCGAGCUAAGAACUCGCUCGAUUUGAAUUUGGAUACCGUAAACGAACUGCUGGAGGUCUUUGGUACAACCACUUUUAGAAUUAAGUUAAUGAAAUUCUUUUGGGAAAAGUUUUUCAUCGACGACAGGAACAUUCUUUGUUUCCAUAUACCUUUGGAGUGAGAAAGACAGCGAAAAUCGAGAGAGUUUCAUUCUCGUCCUCAGAGUCACUCGUUUUCGCUUACCCUGAUCACAUGACCAGCUCACUGAAAUGAUUGCACUCACUUGGAGCGUAAAAAGUUGUUGCCUCUUCUUUUUAUACAAUUCCUGCUUCUUGUUGUUACGCCUUACCUCUUAUAUAGAUUAGUUUUUCAGCGAUUCCAUAUCGUUUGAACUAAAUGUUUUAAAACUUUCCCUCUAGUUAAAUGUUCUAAAUUUGUAUAAUUUACCUUGUUUUAAUUGUUAAUGUUGGAACAGUGCGACACAUGAAAGACGCAGUGUGUAUUUUGAACCACAAAGCCAUAAUUUCGUCAUACUAUACAGCAGAAGCUCUCUACUUCCGGUUUUCUGUGUCAUCUACUUCAAGCUUGAGCCUCAGUUUUUCCCGUGAAAAAACAACUCCUAAUAUUAGACAGCAACGCUGUCGGCAAGUUUGUAGUUUGGGUAGUUGUCUUGAGAUUUCGCGUCCGACAACGCUUCUGUUUAAUUUUAUUUGAACCUUACUAAUCUUAAUGAGUUCCUUUGAGACAUUCCCAGAACGGAUUGAGGUGGCAAGGUUGUAAAAAAAGCUUAUAGAACAGUCAAAAGUCGCGUCCGUUUACCCGACAGGGUGACUUAACCAGGUUGUGUAGGAUCUUUAUACAUCGGGUAAAUGCCUUUAUUUUGAGCUUAAAUGAACUCUUUUGACGGAUUUUCUAAGAUUUCUGGUGUUGUGAAAGUCUGCUACAACUACCAAUGAUUGCUAAGUUUAAUUUCAAUACUUCGUUGCAGAGAACUGCCGUUCCGCGUUAGUUUUAAACUUACCUUAAAAUGCUGAGGAAUUGACAAAAAUAUCUUAGAAAAGUAACAGUAUUUACGUAAAAAAAAUAAAAUAAAAUAAUAAAAACCAGGACUCAAUAAAGGAUGUAGAAGCAGCCAUUCAGUCAAAUCUAACUUUCCUCAAGGCAAUUAUGAGAAGUUAGGUAUGUCAGCUGUGCUACAACAAAAAAGGGAAUUUAUCACUCCAAGGUAGAUGAUGUUAAAUCUUGUCUCAAUUGACUUUAAUUCAGAGGUUGAGACCACCCUAAUGUACAUUUGAAUGCAGCGCUUGACUGCUGUGCCAUGACUUUCCAUUAUGAUCAGAAUAUUAUUUUGAGUUAGAUGAAGGACUCAAUGCUGAAUGCAAAGAAAAAUUUCAGCAUAAGUAUUUUAGUUUCCUUUUGCUCAAUAGGUGAGGUAGUGGUGUCAGAUAUGUUUAGUCACUAUCUCGCUGUUUUGAAAAGUAAGGACUUAACUUAACUCAAAGCUGUAAGAGGACUUUCCUCAUUCGUCAAGUAUAACUCAACUUCAAGUGCCAUAAUACAUGUAAUAAUAAUGUAACUAAAGAGACAGCAUGAGUAAAUCUUAUUCUUGGUGAACUUCAAACCUUAGUUUGAGUCACUUCCUGGGAAUCAAUUAUCAACUGAUUGAGUAAAUCAAAUAUGUGAACUCAAACUAAAGGGAAACUUUGUAUAUAACCUAGUCCUAGAAAGAUUAACCAAAAACAUGUACCAUUAUAAAAAUUAAAAAGUGGGUUCCAUUUUUCCGUUUUCGCAUUGAGUGGGAUAAAAAUGGGGGUUCUGGCGCAUUUUAAUACCACCUUGAUUUUUAAGACAACUCAUGAAUUUAACCUUGAAAUCAACCUUGAUUUCAAAAAACAGGUCUUGCACAUUUUGGAGACAACUUUGAUUUCAAGGACAACUUAAAUUAUUCACUUGUGAAUAAUCUUCACACCCUCUUCAGAAUGUCUCACUCGUGAGUUCUGAAGAGGAUGUGAAUAAUAUCAACUUGAACGAUCCUCUUGUCACGCCAUCAGGGUGUUAAUUGUUCGUGUGAAGAUUUUCAAAUAUUAAUGUUGUAUCUUCUCGCAAAGAAGUCGUGGCGUGCCUUUAUUUGUUCUUCUGUCAAAAUUGCGUCUUUGUAAAUGAGAAGUUAUCUCAUUAAUAGGUCAAGAAGACUCCAUGAUCUUUCAGAAUCUCAUGAUACAAUGGAAUCCUACAUUUGUUCCGAUAGACAUCGAUAAGCUUAUUCUCUUUUACAACUCCUGAUUUCUUCAUAUCUUCCGCAUAGCAUCUGAUCUUCGAAAGAUCAUCAGAAUGAAUACCUUCUCUGAACAUGCUCGUCCUCUCAUUCUCAGUCAAGAAGAGGUCCUCACAGAGCUUGAUUAGAUCAUAACCAUCAGUGUCUUGCGCGAUUUCUCCUGCGAAUUUCACAGUCAACCUGUCAACAAGAGCUCUUGCGACAUUGUUCACGGUAGACAUUGUUUGCGUGACCACUAACUGCCGAGUCAAAGAUGAGUGAAAGAUCCUGAUACAAGGACAACUCCUUCACUAAGAAUUUAGUUAGAAUUUACUUUUUUGAAUGAGUGCGUGACUCUAUAUCGGCAGAGAGCGAGACCGCGUGAGAACUCGCAGGAAUGGAGGUGCUUCGUGACAAAAGUCACGCACUUCCGGUUUUCAGCUUGCACAGAGUUAUGGACUAGGGGACUCCCCCUUUCGUUUUUACAACGCGCAAUUAAGAUUCUUCGUUCUAUAACGAAGCUGUCGACUCUCUCUUGGUACUUCCUCAGUCUUAGUGACUUUUUUUAAAACACUUCCAUGAUGGAUUGAGGAAGCAAGGUCGUAAAAAGCAGUCAAACGUGCCUUCCAUUUCCUCGACAGAGGUAAGAACGCAUGGUUCUAUCAGAUUUUUGAAUGUAAGGUAAAUACUGUUAUUUCGAAUUUCUCAGUCAACAGUUUCACCCUCAAAUGCUCUUAAUCUUUCCUAAUUUUCUCUGAUCUCCGGCAGUGAAAGACGUUCGUGCGGUUAACUAACGAGGAUUGCUAACUUUUACUUGAUUCUGGGGUGUAUUAAUUGUAUUACCGCUUCGUGUUAUUUAAGAGCUAAUUAAGCUGAGCUUGUUUGAACAAGUUACAGCUGUCGAAUUCUAAAAAUUCGCAGGCGAUACCCGGCAUUUACCUUGGAUAAAAUAAGUAAUUCGGGAGAAUUAAAAGGAAUAUUAAAGUCAUGGAUUUGAUUUUGUGCAGGCGCUGAUGAUCGGAACACUUUCAGUUUCAUCUGCGUGUCUUGCACACAAUCAUGAUCGUGUUUUGCACUAGCUCUAGUGUCAGGCUAACAUAAGUAUUAAUUUAAUGUGCUCCCCUAUUUAUGAUGCAUUUGAUCAAAAACCUAUAAAGAUUUCCAGCUUAUUUCACGUGUUUAUGUUUAUUAUUUCAUACAGUUUAAAAGUAAUUUUUUUCCUUUUUUGAUAGACUGCUUAGAUUCUCCCUUUUAACUGUACUGCUAUACUGAUUUCCAUGUCAAAUUUCGAGAAACGAUGACUUUUCUUCAAAUGUCACCUAGUCAUUUAUUGGAAGUGUCCUUUCAACUAACUGCCUUUGAUUUUUAGGAUUCCAAGUCAUCAACUGAUAAUGAUAGAUUGGUAUCUGAGUAAAGUUUACCUUUAAAUGGGUAGCAGAAAUUAGCCAGGUAAGCCUGAUGAAAUGCCAGGGGGAAAGGGGAUGGACUAGCAUCCCAUCCAAGGGAUGUAGUUACUCCCACUCACUUCAUGUGAGGAAACCAGUAUUAUAAGCUCAGGGCCUAGAUGGUGACUGCUCAAAUACAGACUUUACCCGACUACCUCAGCCUCUUAAAUAAUUUGAAUUGCUGUUGCAACAAAUUAUAUGAACUUGCAACACUUUCCCAAUUUAUUUCAGUCAAUUGAAAAUGUAUUUUAUAAAUAUUGAAUCAUAUUUUAGUACAUAUCUUUGUUCUUUUGCUGCUUUUAUAGUAUGACAUUAAUUGCUUGUGAUUUUGUGUCUCUGUAUCCCUCCCAUUCUCAGAAGGGAAAAAAUAUUUAUUUUACAACUGGGUAAUAUGUUGAGCUGAUGUUUAUUACCAUUUGCAACCAACUUUCUUUCAGGCCAGGAUGACUUAAGCAGCACCUUUGUAAGAAGCAUCAGUCUUCUUACAGUUGCUAUGGCUACAGAAAGAAGUCCAAUUAAAGUUCCAUGUGAAAAUGAAAACUUACCUGAAAAAGAAAAUGCACCAGAUUUUGAUGAGGACACUUUGCGAGGUGAGCUGUGUUGAGCUUCAGCUUCAGUUAUUGUUAGAACUUCUUCUAUUCCACCAUUUUCAAGAAUGUAUGCAGAUGUGGAGAAGGAUAUAAUUAUACACUGUAUUAAUACUUUAAAAGAUAUUUGGACAGUUAUGACUCUCUUCUAUGAUUACAAUAUGCUGUUCAUUUAGAGGAUCUAUGACACAGAAACCUUUGUUAUUUUCUUUUCUAAAAGUUCAAAGCAAGUACACUGUACAAAAAGUUAUAAUAAGUAAAUACUUUAUUUGAUCAUGGUACAACAUCCAUUUUGUAAGUUUGCAUCAUAGUUACCAUCAUCAUCAUCAUCUUCCCAUUAUAAUGCAACAAUCAAUUGAAAGCUUCAACCUCCCCCCUUCCUUUUCCCCUGGGCAACCCACAAGCAUUUGAUCAAUUUUCAUCCAAGCCAAACAAGGGAAGGGGGGGGGAUUGAACCUUGCCUGACUACAUUGGGGAAUUUGAAUCAGAAGUGUCAAGACUUUAUAAUAGAAUACAAGUGUUAUAUCGAUCUCUAACUGUGGAGGUGUUUAAGGUAAACAAUGCACUUUUACUAACAAAUGGCUUAGAAGGAAAAAGUCUAUAUUAAGGUUUAGGUUUUAUGCUUAAUCAUCAUCAUCAUCAUAAUCAACACCAUUGUUACCCACAUUAUAAGCAUUAUCAUAACUAUCAUCUUUUUUAUCAUUUUUCUUAUCAUUUAGGCAAUAACAUACUGUUUGUCUAUAUUAAGUAAUACUGCUUCUGGUUGUUUAAUGCUUGCAACAUUUGGAUCUUAUUGACUCAUUAACCAUCUAAAUGUAUUGAAAGCAGAAGACUCUUCUACACCUAUAAUUAUGCCAACUCUCCCUGAUUAUCAGGGAGUCUCACAGUCACUGAAGCAGACUCUGAGGGUCUCCCACAUGGGUCAUCAAACUUUCAAGAUAAAAGAGGAUUUGGUUCAGCUCCACACAGAAACAUCACAUUCGAACUCCAGAUUUCCCACAUCUAAUGUUAUCUUCCCUUUUAUUAAUAUUAGGGUUCUUAUCUUAAUUUUCUUGAUUGCACUUAGACUGUUUCAAAGUAGGGAUUACACUUUCUUCUAAACAACAACCACAAUAGUAACUGAGUCUGAUUGGUUGAGCUUUCAACCACAAAAUCUCCCAUUAAUUUACUGAGAGGGAUCUUUCCUGUGAAGGGGGAGGGACUGCACACAUUAUCUGAGCUUUUCAGGGGAUAGGUUAAGUCAGGCAGAUGCAAAAGUGGCAUCUGGCACUAAAGGAAAAAAUCUGCAGAUUUUGAAUCUCCAGAUCUUGGCAGUUCUGCUUAUAUUCACUAAUAAUUAUUAACUACAACCACAGACUUUUUUAAAAAUAUUUUCUUUGCAGCCACAGCUGAUGUUUAUAGGAAUAAAGGUAAUGAGGCCUUCAAGAAAGGAGAUUUCAUCAAUGCUAUUCAUUUUUACACCAAAGGAGUUAAAAUGAACUGCAAUGAGAAAGAACUGAAGGCCAAACUGUACAACAACAGGGCUAUUUCACAUUUUAAACUUGGUAAGAUGAUGAGAGCUUUAAUAUGCAUUUUUCCCCUUUGGAAGCUAUUGGGCUGUUAAUAGUAGUUUUCUGAAAAAGGUGAUAAUUUUGAAUGUAGGCCUUGUCUUGGCCUCUUAAACAUACAAAGAAGUAACCUCUUACCCCAGAUAUCAAUGAGCAUCACAAGUUUUUCCUGAAAUUGUUGUAAUGGUGGUUGGUUAAAAUGCUAUGUGUAUGGCUGAUCAGAGAUAUCCAUUUCAAUAACAGGAAAUCACCAGUAUAUUCACUAGGGGAUGCAAAAGCAGUCAUUGAGUCAACCCAACUUUCAUUGAGUCAACCCAACUUUCCUUGAGGCAAUUAUGAGAGGUUAGAUAUGAUAGCUGUGCUAUAAUAAUAAUAAUAAUAAUAAUAAAAAAAGAACUCAACACUCUAAGGUCAAAUGAAUUUCAAUCUUGUCUCAAUUGACUUUAAUUAAGAAGGUGAGUGCAACUUGAUGUACAUUUGAAUCCAGCUCUUGACUGCUACGCCGUUACUUUCCAUUAAUCAUAAUGAGAACAUUAUUUUGAGCUGGAUGAAUUAAGAGCUCAUAUACUCUAAUAUACUCUUCUGCAUUUCUGAACUUCAGAGAUCAAACAAAGAUGAUUAACCCACAUGUAGUUAAUGAUUGGUAAUACAAGAUGUAAAAUCUUGGAUUACAGGAAACAAAAAAUUUACCUCAAUUUCAAUGCAUUUUGCACAACAAGGAAUAACUGAAUUGUAUAUAACCAUCAUGUGAGUAUCUACACUGCACUUUCAACUGGAUCCCAAAUAUCCUGAGCAGAGUGUGCAUCUAAUUACCACCUUAAAAAGUCUUCUUUUGGAUAACAUAGUCAUUAACAUAGUUUAGUCAUUAACAUAGAAUUAAAGAAAUACUCUCACUUAUGAGCUGAGAUUGUCAGUAAGCAUCUUUGAUUUUGACCUUUGGAACAGUUUUGAUACUAAAGGUACCUUCCCAGCAUUCAAAAGGAAAACAUCAUUGCCUGAUUCAUCACAGUGAUCUGAAUAAAGAAAUAUUUAAAGCUCCUUUCAGAAAAGAUUAUCAUACCACUUUUAAGAUUUAUUUUCUUAAACUACAUGAACCAAACACUCAAGCCCUUGUGAUUUCAAUCACUCACCAAUUUUUGUGAAGAAAGUCAGCUGACAUCAUAUUCAUCACAGGUAAGAUGAGAUUGUUCCAAAGCAAUGCGAUCUUCUUCAACCUGUGAGUCUGCAUGGUUUGAAAAAUUUUGGUUAAAUAGUGACAUUUCCUUUUAAUUCAAUUGUGGUUAAUUCAUCAGAGGAAAUCCUUAAAUUAAUUAUACAUUAAUUAUCUCAACCCAGACAAUCACACAACUUUUCACACACCUUGCAGUUGAAAUCUCAUGCAAUACAAAAUGGUUAAUAAAGUCAUAAAAAAAACCUUUCACCUUUAGGUAUUUUAUCGAUCAUUCAUAGGAAAAUACUCAUCAGAUACGAGAGCUUACUGUCAGUAAAAACCCUGAGCAUGAUAGAAUGUUAUUGCCUUAAAUUUUUCACCACAAAGAUAGUUACAUUACAAUUUACCUUUCUCAAUGUCCUCUGUUGUUGGCCUAACCGCUGAAGACUUUCAUGGCCAUUUGAACCAGCAGGAUUUCUAAUCAAGAAUAAAAUCAUUCAAUCAUUAAUCAAUGAUCAGCCCAUGUUGAUUGAACUUCUUAACCACUGUCUUGAUUUUUAAAAAGGUUAACUGUCUACAUUAUUUAUUCUAUAGUAAACAUGUUCCUUCUCAUAAGCCAGGGUGACUGUUGAUGCACCCACUGAUAAUUUAGGUUAUCCCAAGGAAAAUCAACAGCCACCACUUGCCAAAGGACACCCCUACAUCAUAUUUUGGCAAAUGAAGGUGAAAAUAAAAUCAAUAAAGUUUAAUGAAUGAAUAUACAAAAUUAAAUAAAUCAAAGGUUCUUUUAUACCAAAUGCAAGUUCCAUUGAACUUUCUACUUCCAAUCUUCUUUCCACUGGGCUCAGGUGAUGAUGGGGACUGGGGAGGUUGAUCAACAGGGGGGUUAGAGCUUUCCUGAAAAAGCACUAUGAAGAGGUCAAAUGGUUGACAAUUUGAAUGUUUAUUUUUGUGUUUAGUAGAUAUGUAAACAUUCACAGAAAAUUCCUUGAUUAUUCCCCAUUAUAGAACAUCAACUAUAUUUCACUCAUGGCGAGCUUUAUACUGAGUCUACAAAUGCAUUAUAAUUGCAAAUGACUCCUUCUUCAGCUUAACCCUAUUUAACAUGUUACUUCUUCCUGUAAUAAAUUAUUCACACAUUAUCCAGCAAACAGGUAGUGAGAAUUUUCAAACUUAUCUGGUAGAACUUUUUACCUUGAUCUAAUCAAACACUCAUAACUAAUUUACAAGGAAAUGUGUAGCAGCUAGUGGGGAGAAUUAACAUUCAGAUAUUUAAGUUAAAGAGUUAAAACACUGGCAAAUUUUACAAAAGUUAACUAUCCCAAGUAAUAACAGAUUGAGAGAAUAUUCCAACUGGAAUAUACAAAAGGCUAACCACAGCCCUUGGCUGAACUACUUGCAAUAGAACAUACUAAUUAAAGAGCAGUAAUUACCUUCUUGACUGGGGGCAUCAAUUGCUGGGGAGGCCUCAUAUUUCUGAGCUGGAAUUGGAGUCCCUCCCCCAGGCUCAAAGACUGCAUUAAGACAAAAAGUUAACUAUCCUAAGUAACUACAGAUUGGGAUAAUAGUCCACCUGGGUUACAAAAGGCUGAUGGUAGCCAUGGCUGAACUUAUUGCAAUAGAGAAUACUCAUGAAACAGCAGUAAUUACCUUCUUGACUGGGGGCAUUGACUAUUGUUCCUCCCUCAGGCUCACAGACUGCAGUAAGACUCUCACUUGGUGUCACUUCACUAUAGGAUGAUGUCAAGAUUCCAAACACAUUUAAAGAUGAUGCACUUCUAUUACCAAAAUCUUUCUCUGACUGUUUAGUGCUGCUUGAUACCCUUACAACAACGUCCCCCAAGCUUGAUGCAGCAGCUUCUAUUAUUCUCUCAAUGUAAAGGUCAAGCUGCUGUUCCUUGAUUUUCAUUGGCUCCCUAGAACUGGGAGGAGCAUUCUGAAAGUAAUAAAUCAUUAUAAUUAUUUCUUAGCUGAAAAACUGUGAAAGAGAAAAGUAUUAAUAAACUUCCCAUUUGCUGUUACAAUAUUAAUGACAAUGAUUAAUUAAAAAAGGAUUGAUUAUGAUUGAUUCUUUUGAUACAAAUUGUUCCUGAAGCACAGCAUGCACUACACUUAUUUGAAACCCCAUUUGAAGCCAACCGGUGCAUACAUAAUUCUAUAUUUAAACUCAAGAACCUGGUACUUAACAGGCUCCUAGCUUUAAGGUAGCUAAUGGGUCAAGUUUAAAAUGAAAAAAAUAAAAUGCUUUUUUUACACAUUAAAAAGGAGAAAAGUCACUUUAGAAAAGUAAAGUAGAAACUAUUACCCUGGUCUUGAUUCCUUUAGAGGUUCAAGUAGUUCAUGUAUGAUAUACAAACUAAAUCUUAAUUCUUUAGAGUUCUGUCACAAUAUACAGACUGGCAAAAGCAAAAGCUGAUAAAUCCUUGUAGGUUUAUGCAAAGUGGACUCAAAGAGAUUUGAUAAACAGGGUUUGAAAAUAAGGAGAAUCUAGUGCACUUUAGACAAGGUUAGUUAGUUUCCAAUUGGGAAAUGUUGAAAAAAAGCUAAAAAGUGCGCCAUUGCAAUAUGUAAAAUAAUCCAAUUGCGCUCUUUCUUGAAAAGGUAGAUUAUUUCAUUUCUACGACAAACAGACCCUCACCAUAAAAAUUGAGUGUCCAGCAAUUCGACAAAAACGGCCGCCAUACUAAAGUGAACGUUUGAAGAAAAUGAACGAGCAGCUGAAGAUUUCUUUCCUCUCUAUCGAUCACUUAGAGUUCUCCUUCACGUUUUUGGACAGAGAUACUCUGUCCAAUACUCUCUAAUACUCUCCUUUCAUAACGUCUGCCAGACGAUCGAUUGGGAUCGUUAGAAAAGUUCGCCAUGUUUUAGCCAUAAAUUUAUUCCCUGCCCCUCCCCUGUAAAGACAAUGUUUUGACUCGUAACCAGGGUCCACGUCGUGCCCUGACACUUUUCUUGAGAAGAUUCCUUUUAAGCCAAGGGUGGCGAUCAUCCCCAAAAAUUGAAAAAGUUAUUUCAAACAAAAAGAAUGACGAAUGAGAUUGGAAAUUCAGUAUAAAAGAAACCUCGCUAGUAAAUAAGUCUCCAGCCUGUAAGCGCGCAAAAAUACCGCACUAUAGCACGAAUAGGAAAAAACCUUGUUCAGAUAUUCCAUCUUGCAAUGUUUUCCAUAGUGCUAUGUUUUCUUGAAAAUAGUUCGUUUUCUGCCUAUCCCUUGUCUGCACAUUCCUGGUAUCCUUUCCACUUGAUGCCCGAGAUUUUUGACAACUCUGCUCAUGAAUGAAGCGCGCGCAUUUUAUUCUCAUUUCACGCGUGAAAAGAUCCACUUGCCGCGACAAAAUCUUCCCGAAUUCUCAUUGUUCUUAACCACACAAUACGCUGAAAGAUCGAAACCUAGUCAGAUUUGUUCUGACCAUGCGCCAUUUUGGACUACUAACAAGGCCAUCCGGAGCGGUGCUAUUCCGUCGAUCUCUAAGACUGUUGUAUUUGUUGUUGUUGUUGCCAUGGUUGUGUUGUUGUUUUAUUCGUAUAAAAGACGCAUUUUGAUUAUCUAAGACCUGCGCAUCUUGAUUUCGCAGACGUUUAUGUUUAUUAGUUGGCUGUAGCUGUCAAUAAGUAAGAAUAGGAUUUCCUUGCGCUUGCUUUGGUGCCCGCCCUUUGGAGUUUCUUUGGUCCCCAGCUCCGUUUUUUUUCCAUGCUCCGUGUUCAUUUCAAACGGUGUCACUUUUCACUUGAGUUUUGGGGAUAUGAGUCCAAUCCAAAAACAGUAAUGAAAACAUUUGCGUGAUGCAUAGAAUUUGUUCAAUGAGAAGCUAAGUGAUCGCAAAAGUAACAUUACAAACACCGUGCAAAAUGUUGAUUUUAUCUAUUAUAUAUUAUUAUAUAUUAUUUUCGCUUUAAUAUUACUUUUAGCUAACCCUUUCCCAUUAUUCAGCUAUUUAUUCUUGGUGUCAAAUUUCCUUGCGUUUACACCCUACUCUUUGUCUCUUGGCUUCCUCUUCCAACACAUAUGAAUUCUUCUUUUUCUUCUAAUUUAAAGACAACUCAACUUUAUGUAUGCAGGAGCCCAAAGGCCUGGCACACGACAAAUUCCGAAUGUGUCCGACGAAAUAUAGCUAGGAGCUCAUUUUAACCACCCUAAGUACAAAAAAAAUUAACAACGAAUAGUACUCACCUUUACAGGGCUCAUCUCUUUGAUUGCUUCCAUCACUUUCUUGAAUUUUCCUCCGAAUGACUUAUGAAGCGCCUAACUCCAACCAACGGAAAGUUAUGAUGACGGGUUGUAAUUUUCGCGCGUCGUGAUGACGUAACAGACGAGAUAAUAAACCAAUCAACAGAUUAGCAAGUAUACGUAACUUCUACCUCGUUUUCAGGCGCCUUUGCUCUGGUUCAGGAAAGUGCGGGAAACUGCCCGAGUGCGCAGACUGCUGGAGAGGAGGUUAUUGACAGAUUUUAAUAAACGUUCGCCCAUUGACUACCUCAGGCUCUAAUUUACUCAAAGCGAUUGCAAAGGCAACAGACAAGUCCAAGAAACGAGACUGAGAAAGAUCGGGAGCUUAUCAGGAAAAACAAAGGGGUGCGUCUUUCCGCAGGUAAACCAGUGUAGGGCUGUCGGUUGCUUUGGCCACCACGAUGCAACGACCACUGACCGCGAGAAUUUAGCACAGACUUCUCGCAAAUAAAGGGUUCUUGAUAGAAGAAUGAGAAAGAUCGGGAGCUUUCCAGGAAAUAAUGAAAAGAGCGCGUCCUCCCGCAAGAAAACCAAGUCUUCAAGCAAGCUGUUUUGUCGUUGAUGCUUAGUUUGCUUGCCAACAUGUGAAAAUGAAAGAAACAUAUGAGUGCUAAGUUCUGCUUCGUACGUAGCAUGAAACCACGUGGCUAUAAAUUAACGAACAUUCCUCGCCAAAAGUAAGCCUCGCUCAUCUGACCCGUGAAUGGUACAAAAGAGAUGAUAUUACACCUUUGACCACAAGCAGUGACCAUUAAGUAAAUUUUGGCCACAAGUUCAUUACACAGUUUGACGGACUGGCAAUGAAAAGACAAAAAGUGACAAUACUGGAUUGAAACUUUGAUAUCACAACAAAUUGUCGAUAUCAAAAAGCAUGGAAAUAUAUAUAGGGUACCAGAUAUGAACAUCCAUUUUCAGAUGCUGGGAAUGAGAACGUAGCUUCCAAAAACUGGAAAGGUUUUUAGAAAGUAUUUCACUUUGGAUAUCAUAGUUCAUUUUACCUGGUCCGUAAAACAUUCUACGAGUUGGCUCGUCUUGUCCACUGACACAAAUUGUCAAUAAACAAUGCAGGUAAACGUAGAGUUUAAAAAUCUCAAUUGGCCGGAGGCAAACCAAUCGGCUAUAGACAAAGUGCAGCCAAGGAGUUGAGCUCGAGCAAUCGAGAACAAAUCCAGUAAGUUGCAGGGUAAAGGACUUUAAGCUGGAACCUACCCCUUAAUCACUCGGGCACACAAGAUCAACGCUGUUAUUUCUGUAAGUCGUGACGUUUGUUUCCCUAAAGCAAUUCACACGCAACACACGCCCUCUAGUAUCAGGCUUCAGGAGUUUUGUGUUUCAUUUCACGUCAUUUUUCACCUCAAGCGAACGCCAGAUAUUUUGUAUUGUAUUGUUUUGUUUUUCUUCCCACCUACCCUCCCACCCUCGGUGAUUUUACGUGAUGUCAUAGGGUGGCAGAGAGGUUUACUCAGCACAUCAUUGGCUGUUGUUUACUUUUCGUUCGUAUUCUUAAUAAACUUCUCUCUGUGCCGAAAAGCGAUUAUUGUUUUAUAUGUGUCAGGGAGCGUAGUUGGGGAAUAAGUUUCUUUUGGGAAAGGCUUUUCAACGACGAUAGGAACAUCCUUUGCAACUGCAUUACUUUGGAAGGAAAGAAAAAUCACAGGGUGCCCACUCUCGUCCUAGGAGCUACUCGUUUUCUCUCAUUUCGAACAUGAGGGAUGCUUGUGGAUUGUGUUUCUAAGACUUACCUCAUAAGUUAAGCGUUUAGAGUAACAAGGAAACAUGUAAAAAUACUGAGAAAAAAUGUCAAAAUAAUAAAAGUAAUUACAUAAAGUAUAGCUAAUUAAAUCGUAUGAAAGUGAGAGAAUAAUGUUAUGUGAAGCGCUCGAGAAGUAUUUUAGUAAUGUUAAGGUAUGUGUAUACGAAGUAUGCUAAGUUUUUGGGAGAUUUCUACUCCAAGUGCAGUCUAUUAAGUAUAUUUUGGUUGCUUUUGGCCUCGCACCAACGUAUGAAUAAAUGGGUUUAGUUUCUAAGGAAAUUGUGGUGCUGUAUCGGUGAGGGGUACAACGAGAUAAUUUGAUUUUAUAACCCAACUGCACAAGGUAGAGUUCAAAUAACGCGAAUAUAUGUAUAUACCACAUGUGUACAGUUGGUUAUUUUGUUCUGUAAAAAAAUCUGUUUGACCGGUCGGCUACGCACGCUGCGCUUCUCUAUCCACUUUGCUUUUCCCGCCUUAUGAGAAAUGAGCAGAAAGACUUGGCGGGAAAAAAAAAAAGCACUUGGAUCAUAAAUAACCUAGUAGACUAUUCAUUGGUGUGUAGUAUUUCCUAGUAUUUUCACUCCUUGUUUGAAUUCGACGAGCCUGUGGGGGAAGUCAAAAUACGACACAGCUCCUAAAAAUACUCAGGUGUGUCACCGCCAUAUAAAGAAGAUCCGAAAAAAUCACCUUGAAUCUUAUUUCGCAAGAUAAUCAUCUCACGGCUGGAGCUUGGGCUGCCUGUGGUGUGAGUUCAGAUAAGUUAAGUUUUUUUUUCUCUCAGGGUGAAUUAACGGGAUAUUUUCGUCCGUCUGAAAGUCAUGCUCUUUUUUUGUUACAUGCCUAACAACUCACGUUCCAUCACGUACCAUAAAAACAACGUCCGAAGUCCGCUAGAACAUACCCAAUCAUUGCACUACACGAACAUUAGUCAAUUUUGUACGUGCUUGAAUUGUAUUCCACCGACCAAAUUCACAUUUACGUGCGCCCGGGUAUUAUUCACUAUUCAUGACUCAUUUCCUCGGGAAAGUUAACGAUGUAUCAUCAACUUUUGGUUUUCCUGAGAGUGUCACGCAAUGGUAAAAACAUCAGUAUGGUCGUGAAACAAAAAGUGAGUCAUUUGCAUCCUGUCGCGGUCGAGUACUAGGAAAAGAGUAUCCUCUCGACACCGUUCUUGUUAUAAGUCACCUUCUGAAGAACUCAUCAAAAUAUCUUCGGUCUUGCAAAAAUUUACAAAUUUAACAGGUUCUUAAGGACGAAUUCCACGCUCCGUCGUUGACGAAACGUCGUUUUAAGGUAAGCUCUGAAAUUAUUCAUUAAACCAAGUGGAUUUUUGUCUCACCCACUCGCAGUGUUCCAUCAGUAACAUUGCCAGUUUGUAUUAACAAAGAAAAACUUAUUACAUUGUAAAAUAUAGACAAUCCGGUAUGAGGCGUGGGGUCUUGGUUUCAUAUAGGUCUUUCAGCAAAGUGAGCCGGUAACAACACACUAGACCAUAUGAUCACAGACAAGAGCAAGUUAUGAAAAUGUUAUCGAUCUAAAGUGCUGUGUCCCUGCUUACUCUAUUUUUUUAGAAGAAUAUUUUGUGAGAACCGAGAAAACUGAGUGUUACGAGAUAAUCUGAAGCCUUUUUCCUUUUUAUUUUGAUUAUAAACUACUGUCAACGUGUUAUAUCCUGUUCGCAUUAUAGAAAUUGAAAGAGGAAGCAGUUGUCACAAACACAUGUUUAAAAAUGUAAAACGCUCCUUGCUUAUUAAAUGAUACAAAACUUGGCAGGUAUUUUCAUUCAGAGAAAAAUUUAAGGCGACAAAUCAAAAUACGAAUUCUUUAACACAUCAUUUGACUUCUUUUGAAAAAAUGUAGGUUAUAUUAAGAACACAGCGUAACUGAAUAUUUAUCAGCACACCUGUAGAAAAUGAAAAUAAGCUGAAAUCCAGCUCACACAUAGAUUUUGGAAUAAAUGAUCGUCUUCUUUACUCUUUUCUUUUUUCCUACAUAAAUUAACUAGUGAACCACAUGCUCCUCGUUCUUGUUCGUCAUAACUCGAGUCGGAAAUUUAACGAAAAUUUGAAAUGAGAUUGCCCAAUUGCAUUUGCUUGUUCCACAUAAAAUCAUGAGUGCUACCCGUUGGUGAUUUUCAUUGAAGGCAUUCUGGGUGGCGAAUAUUUAUCUAUUAGUUUAGUUUGGAAUGACAGAAGGAAAUAGUCCAAUAUGAAAGAAAGAAAACAUUACAAUUAAUCCGAGUCAUUUCGUUAGUGCCAUAUCCCCUGACUGUGGUGUACUCAAAGUUCUACGGAGCAUGCCCGAAGGUGUGGUUGCAAAAACAACAUGGCACGAUCGGUAAGAAGUAAAUAUCGUGUAGAUUAUUAUUGCUUAUAGAAGCAAAAGGAAAUAUAAACCCGGAGUAAAAUUGUAUCAAGUGGAAAGACUUGUCGACAAGCGGAAAUGGUCGAACAAAGUUUCGCAUAUUAUCAUGAUAAUUUUGCAGAGUUGCAAACAGUGGACUGCUGAUUUUAUGACUAGCGUAUUUACGUGUACACUACAAUAUAUCACAUUUGAAUUACCUACCUUAAAAUGCCUGGCUAAAUUUCCAAAGUGGCUACCAAAACAACGAAAAAAAGUGCCGAUGCGGCGAGCGCUUUCUAUAUUUUUUGACUUGUUGUGAUACAUCCCUGGUGAAAAUCUUUGAAGGAUCUUUAACGAUCCUACAAGAUCUUUAUGAGAACCUUUAAAGAUCUUCAAAAUUAUCGUUAAGAUCUUCAGGGAUAUUUCAUUCUCUUGCCAGGAUCUUCAAGGAUCUUUAAAGUUCUUGUCAAGAUCUUCAAGGAUCUUUCAUUUUCUUGCCAAGAUCUUUAAGGAUCUUUAAUUUUCCUGUCAAGAUCCUCGAAGAUCUUGUCCGGAUCUCCAAAAAUCUUGACAAGAACUUCAAAGAUCCUUUAAAGAUCUUUGAAAAUUCUUUGAGGAUCUUCUAAAUUCUUGUUAAGAUCUUUGAAGAUCUCUCAUUUUCUUGCCAAGAUCUUCAAGGAUCUUUUACUUUCCUGCCAAAAUCCUGAACAAUCUUGGCAGGAAAAUUUUGAAGAUCCGUAAAGAUCUUGGCAAGAAAAUUAAAGAUCUCGGAAAGGAAAUAAAAGACCCCUAAAAAUCUUGAGAAGAAAAUGAAAGAUCCUUGAAGAUUUUGAACAUUUAUUUUUCAUCCCACACAUUUCUUUAUAAUUGUUUCUUGGCCAAGGCCUGGAGAGGUCAAGUUUGAUCGAUAUCUCGGAUUUCUUGUAAUGGAAAACUACCUUGUCGUCUUAAAUAAAGUGAAUUAAUACUUAGAAACGAAAUUAC